UGGAUUUAUUAUGUAAACAAAUAAACAUUGUGAUGUGCUCGUGCUUUUUCAGCAGUAGCAGUGAUUCUCCGUAAUUUUUAUUUUCUGUACGAUUGAUUCUAUUGGAAAAGUGCUUAUUCUUCUUCAGAGUUCAGAUUCACAAUAGUUAAACCUGGUGCCAUUCGAGUAACAUGGCUUUGAAAAGCUCAGUCACCGGUUUGAGUCGCUUUCAGUUCCACCCACAACGAUUUUUUACGAUGUCUCCUAGGCUCAGCACCUUAGCUAGUGAGCUAUUCACCAAAGAACAAAACCGGCAGAGGGAAAAAGUGGGUCGAAUUGAAAAAAUCGAAAUCCGCUAUCUGGGUACCCCUCAGGACACCACCCUGAUCAUGAACCGCAAUCUAUCGACGCCAUACGAUUGUGCUAGACAUAUCGGUGAAAAGUACUGCCGGAUGUCGGCACUGGCCCUGCUCGAUAACAACACUCCCUGGGACAUGCGCCGCCCUUUGGAGGAUUCCUGUACCCUGCAGCUGCUAAAUUUUACGUCUGCCGAGCCACAUCUGGCAAACAAAGCCUUCUGGAGGACGUGCUCAUUCCUGUUAGGGGCCAUUCUGCAGAAAAGCUUCAAGCCGGAAGCCGGACUGCUUUUGCACAGUUUUCCCAAACCCAACAUCAAAACUGGUAGCUUUGUGCAUGACAUCGCCCUUGCUAAGAGCGGUUGGAAACCAACGGUUCAAGAACUGCGUGCUCUUUCGAUCGAAAUGAUCAAGUUAGCUCAGCAGGACCUACCGAUUGAAAGGUUGGAUGUAAGUUUAGAACUGGCCCAGGAAAUGUUCAGUGAUAACCCCUUGAAGCUGGAGCAGAUUCCUAGUAUAUCUGGGCAACAUAAUGGAUCUAUAACGGUGUACCGGGUAGGAGAGCAUUUGGACAUCAGUAAAGGGCCAAUGAUCAGUUCAACUGGGUUGCUGGGUAAAUGCACGAUAGGAGCGGUGCACGCUGUUCCUAAAAUCGAGGCCGAUAAACACGCUCUGUAUCGCGUUCAGGGUGUCGCCCUUCCCGUCGGAUUGCAUUUGAAUCACUUUGCUUAUGGAGUGCUGGAGGAUCGCGCGAAAAAAUUGAAUCCAGCCAAACUUCCAAAUGAGCCAUACGAGGAAACCUUAGCUGAACAAGUAGCUUGAAAAAGUAUCAACUCUAGUUUCAAGUUGCUAUUGAAAAAUAUAACAUCCAUAUAAAAACUACUACAAC